CGUUUCUAUGUUCUACCAAAGACUCCAAGUUCCUUGGGUACAGAUACGCGUCAGGUUCCUGUUCUUGAACCUAAAAAGCGCUUUGUUAUCAAAAAAAUGGCAAGAAAAUUAUCAGAACUUUUUCAUUCAUCACAAGGAUGUGAAAACCUUGAUGUGGAUGUGCAUUUUGAAGAAAUCCUUGAUAUGCAUGAUCCAGAUGAUUAUGAGGUUGUAUCUCAAUCUCAAUUGGUUAUCUCGCGUCAAGCUUUUCGCAAUAAUGCAAGCAAGUAUUUCAUGCAAGAUCGGUUGGGUAACCUUGGUGUCAUUGAUAAUAAAUACGCUGUUGCGAUAUCAACUGCCUGUCCUGCAUUGAACAACAUCGUGGUUGAUUCUGUUAAAGUUGAACAAACUUGUGUAGAACAUCUUAAAAAAAACAAUUUAGCAUUUGGUAAAACUCGAUGGUGCGUAAUGACUUUAGAUGGUGAAUUAAUUGACAAAUCUGUCACUAUGAGUGGCGGAAAUGCCCAAGUGUUGAAAGCAAAAUUAGAAGUACAGUGGAGAAAAUUUAAUGAAAAACUUAGUUCUUUAGAAUCUCAACUUCAAGAGAAAAAUGAUGAACUUCCUGAAUUAGAGUUUGAACUAUCAAAGUCAGAGAUGUAUGCUGAUGCUUGCGUAAAAAAUAUUACUGAUAAUGAAACAAGUAUAGUCGAGCAAAAAGAUAAUUUAAAUAUAGAUGAUACCAGGAGUAUGGGACAACUUCGAACACAAAUUGAUCAUUUUACACAAGAGUUAGAUAGAUUGAAACGUCAACCUUCUAAAAUUGAAGAAGUGAUUAAGAUUUUGCAAGAUAAGAUUUUGCAAACAGUGAAAGAGAGAAAACAUUACAAAAGAAAUUCAACAGAAGCCAAUGUUGCACGUUCCAUUCGUAUUAAAGCCGAUGAAGCCAAAUCUAUAUUGGAAAGUAAAAAAGAAGAAUUAGAUGAGACCAAGGAAGAAUUUGAUGAAAAAACCGAAAUUAUUAAUAAGAUUAGAGCAAUUGAGUGUUAUGCCGCCGAAAUAGGUUGGAAUAAUAUUUCGAAUUUAUCUGGUGGAGAAAAGUGCUUGGCUUUUGCACCAUUUCAAAACGUACACACUUAUAUGUUAUGGAUGAGAUUGAUGCGACCUUGA